AGUGAAAAUGAGUUAUGUCCCCUGGAUUGUUGACAAUAUUGAGGGAAGUCAUGGCAGGUGUUGAAACAGAUGAGGCCGACAGCCCGUCCCCCGGGUUUGCUAUGGUGGACUGUCAUUGCCAUCUCGUGGAUAAGGCUUUUGAUGAGGAUAUUGACACUGUGAUCCAGCAAGCAAAACAGGCUGGCGUGAAAGGAGCCCUGGUUGUAACAGAAACAUACACACAGUUUGAUAAAGUCCUGCAACUGGCUCAAAGACAUCCUGAUUUUGUAUUCCCUUGUCUUGGUGUUCACCCUGUCCAGGGUGCUUUAACCGGAGACCAGAGAUGUGUGACACUAGAGGAUGUAGAGAAGGCCAUACCCAUUAUAGAAAAGAACAUAAGCCAUAUUGCUGCCAUUGGGGAGAUAGGCCUGGAUUUCCAGCCAAGAAUUUGUGUGAGACCAGAGGACAAAGACAUUCAAAGACAGGUGUUAAAGAUGCAGGUUGACCUUGCAAAGAAGUAUGAUUUGCCUGUGAAUGUACAUUCAAGAUCUGCAGGAAGACCAACUAUUGCUGCUUUAAGAGAAUAUGGUGCAGAUAAGGUAUUGUUACAUGCCUUUGAUGGUAAGCCAGCUGUGGCCAUGGCAGGUGUGGAGGCUGGCUACUUCUUCUCCAUACCACCAUCUUGUGUCAGAAAUCCAGAGAGCAAACUUGUUCAUCGCCUACCAAUCACAAAUAUUCUACUCGAGUCAGACUCCCCAGCACUUGGACCAGAAAAAGAUGUGAGAAAUGAACCUAAAAACAUCUCCUUGUCGUGUGAUUACAUUGCAACUAGGAAAAAACUUGAUGUCCAGGAAUUGAGCAGAAUCACCACAAUGAAUGCUUUAAGAUUAUUUCCUAAACUUGCAAGAGUAAUAAAAUAAAAUGAAAACUAAAUAA